GGCGGCGAGGGGCUCUCAAACCAGAGAAAAACACGAUGGCUUUUCUUCUCUGCUCCAAUCCCCUCUCCAUCUCUCUCCAUUCAUCUACAUUGUCGCCGUCGCCGUCGCCGUCGCCGUCAUGUUUUCCAGGGAAUUUCUCCGCCCUGAAUUCUAUGUCACUCAUGAAGCCUACUGGGUUUCAGCCAAAACACUUCAAUGGGGUUCGACUACGAAACCCCUCCUUCGUUGAAAAUACGGUGUCAUUUAUUGUCAAGGCUGCAUCUGAGAUCGAUACUACGGGAGAAACCGACAGUAACGAACCGAAGCCCUCUGCAGAAGCUAAAAAGGAGGACGUUCCAGUUGACAAACUUCCAUUAGAAUCAAAACUGCAAGAGAGGCUGGAGCAGAAGGCAAGGAUGAAGUUGGCAAAAAAGAUUAGGCUGCGGAGGAAGCGGCUUGUUCGGAAACGCCAUUUGAGGAAGAAAGGACGAUGGCCUCCAUCAAAGAUGAAGAAGUUGAAGAACGUUUGACAAUCCUUCAAUUCUUGCAGGUUUAGAGGUGACCCCAUUUCUCCUCAUUGCUUCCAACUUUCUCUGUCUAAUUUCUUUAUACUUUCAUGAAAAUGUACUUGCUUCUUUAUGUAUCUGAAAGAAUCCAGUGAGUGAUGGAAUGUGCAAAUUGUGCUCUUAGUUUUGAAUGACUAAUGGUCAGUUGAAAGGAA